CUUCCUUUAAACUUUAAGAUAUUUAUCAUUUACCACAAUUAUCUUGCAGAAAAUUUCACAGAUUAAUAAAACCAUUGAACAUUUGGUGUGAACGUGACAGGCAGUGUUUUUGUUUGUACAUAUCUUUUCAUUGAGUAAGAGAAUUCUCGAAUUUUUGUUAAAUUCGUACGAUUACAUCAAAUUAUGGCCACGGAAGAAGGUUUCGAACAGUUCGAAGAUGAAGAGGCAGAAAUUCCGAUUGGCGGGACUUUACCCGGUGGUAGAAAACGAUUAUUUUCGAAAGAAUUACGGUGUAUGAUGUAUGGUUUUGGUGAUGAUCAAAAUCCUUAUACAGAAAGUGUAGAUUUAUUAGAAGAUCUUGUUAUUGAAUUUAUUACCGAAAUGACACAUAGAGCUAUGGAAAUUGGUCGUACCGGUCGUGUGCAAGUAGAGGAUAUCGUAUUUUUAGUUAGGAAAGACCCAAGGAAAUAUGCAAGAGUUAAAGAUCUCCUAACAAUGAAUGAAGAAUUAAAGAAAGCUAGAAAAGCAUUCGAUGAAGUUAAAUAUGCAGGUACUGUUAGUCAGUAAAUUUAAUUUGUCAAUAUCAAAGCAUAUAACAAAAUACUUUUGUUCUGCCUGAAUUUAUUAUUUUAUUAGAGAAUCAUAUAUAUAUAUAUUUAUAUUCAUAUAUUUUUUUUUAUAAAAAGUUUUUUUGUAUAAACAGUUAUUUUUAUGAUUUUGAGAAAGCUCAGAUAGAGUUUGAACAUAAAUGAUCUAAGUACUGCAUUAUAGUAGUUGCACAGUUUUUACAAGAACGGAAUGCUACAUGCUUGUGUGCUGCAUUUUUAUGAUACUUCAUGCUUGCUUAUCUACAUAAUUGGAAGAUUAUAGUAUACUUAAGAUUGCUUAAAUGUUUUUGUUACAUAAAAAAAAAUAUGCAUAAACAUAUAUAUUUGGGGGUUUA